AUGCAGACUAACAAUGAUCAUAAAACAGAUAAAGCUGAACAAAAAGAAAAUUAUGAACAACUCAUGAAAUUAUCCAAUUCACAGGAUAAAUCUUAUCGGAUUAAAACACGUCAAUCCUUAUUUGAAACAAGUGAAUUAGGUAAAACAAUCAAUCGUAUCAAUGCAUUGCCAAUUAACAUUCAAGAUCAUGGUGAUCAUUGGAAACGAAUAACUGAUUUAGCAGAGCAAACAAAUCCAUCCAUAACAAUGCAUCAACCAACGUUAAGACGUUCAUCAGAGACAUCUGAAACUAGUGGAAAAUACGAUUCACAAUCUCUAUCACUACAAUCUGGUAAAACUAGAACCAGUCAUUCAAGUGAAAAAACUGUGAAAGAAUUCGAAGAACUCACUAUUGAAGCAGAAGAAGAAAGUAAGAUUUUUGACAGAUAUACUGAAUUUGGUGGAAUCAAAUCUCAGGAAACAGAGAAAUUAGAGAAUGUUGAAGAUGAUAAAAAUUCAUUAUUCAAAACACAAACCCAUAAAAAACCGGAUCAAACCAAAUUGGUUUUACAUAAUAAUCAUUCAAUAAGAAAACAAUUAUCAUGUAUCAAAGAUCAUCCCAAACCUCAACCGUUUCCAGAUAGACAACUUUAUAUUUAUGUUAUAGCAGAUCCAACAGAUAUGCGGAUUGAACUCACCAAUUUAAGAAUGUAUGUUUGGCCAUAUUUACAAAGAAUUUGUAAUGAACGUGGAUUUACACUUAAUAUAAUUGAUGACAGUAUGGAUACAGAUAUUGAACCACGUAAUCAGUUGAUGAUGCCAAUGAUGAAUACAACAUCAGGUGAUUCAAUAGAUGAUUAUGAAUUAAAAGAACAUUUGUCUAGACGAAUGAAACAAAAGAAUUAUCUAAAUUGUCUGAUUCUACUAUCCAAUCGUUCAGUUGGUCCAGUUAUUCAAUUACCUCAAUAUCUUCCUAACAGCUUAAUAAAACAAAUUAAAAAUAGUGCAUUAGAAGAGAUGGAAGAUUUAAAAUCUGAAAUAACUAUGUUAUCAGAAAAAUUACCUGGAUUUGAUAGCCCACGUCUUCAACGUCGUCUUUCUAGAUAUUUAGGUUCACAAACAUCUUUAGGAUCAUUAUCUGAAGAGGUAACAAUGAAACAAUCUCAUAUGUCACCAGUAAGUGAUGCAAUACCUAACAAACGGAAUACUUCAAAAUUUUCUAAUGUUACACCGAUACAAAUGACACAAAUUGAAGAUUCAAUACGUCAGAAAAGUGAAAUUAUACGUACACUUAAUCCAGAUAUUUUAGACAAAUGGUACUGUCCAACUUCAGAUUCACAUCCGGAUAUUUCAUAUUUACAACCAGUUAGUCAAAUUCUCCCAGGGAUCACAUGUUUCGAUGAUCAGAAUAUACGUCAAGCAGAGUUAAAAUCUUGGUUAAAUGAUUCUCAUCGAAUACGAUGUUUACUUAUGCACUUCUCUGAUCAAAGUCAAAUCACUAAUUCAUCAGCUACAUCGUAUCGUUUAUCUAAUAUGGAAAUAUCGACACCAAAUACUGAAACAAUUCAAUCGAAUACUGAUUCUAUUCCCAAUUCAAAUAGACAAACUGAUAUAACUGAUAGAUCAUCUCAUGUAAAAGAAAAGUAUAAUUUCCAGUCAGAAGUUGAAAGACAAAUAGAAAUGGUUCUACAAAAUAAUGAAUUAAAUUCCGACUGUUUUGUUCAUAUACGUUAUCAUCAAGAUAAUAAAAUUCCAUUCAAGAAAUCUAUUAAUAAUAAUAAUGAUAAUUCUAUAACUAAUUGGAGAUCCCGAUCAUUAUCAUUAGCUUCAUGGUCAACAGCAAGAACUAAUUUAAAUACAAUCAAUUCUGGUUCUUCCAAUUCAAUAAGAAAUGAAUUUCUUUCAAAUGCUUUUGAUGAAUCAUUAGCCAGAGCAAAACUACUUGUGAAUUGGGCAAGAUUAAAAGUACCAGCUGAUAAUCAAUCUUAUUAUGAAUUAGAAAAAUCUCCAUUGAUUACAUUGAAUGAUCAAAUCCAUUGUUCACAAUCUUAUUUAGAUCCAAUACAUUAUCAAGAGCAUACAAUCUAUUUAAAUGAUAUGUGUCGUAAUAUACGUAAUAAAUUUAGUCAAAGUUUAAUUGAAGAAAUGAAUAGACGUUAUUCAAUGGAAAUAGAUAAUAGAAAAAUGGAUAAAUGGAAUAAUUUAUAUCAUUGGUGUUUAGAAUAUGAAAUGUCAGCUCAUUUAGAAACCAUAGAGAAAUUAUCUUCAAUGUGUAUUGCUAGAGAGGAAACCUUAAUGGAAUUAUAUGAGUUAAUUAUAAAACAUACUACAAAUUGUCAAAUGAAUAAUGAAACGGAUAAAAAUUAUUUUAGUGAAUCGGGUAGUGGAAAAUCUGUACUAUUAGCUAGUUUAAUUAAAAUGUUAUUAACAAAAUCAAUAAGUGUCAAUAGUUCUCUUGUAAAUCCGCGUGUCAUCUAUAGAAUGAUUGGAUCUUCUACAAUGUCAUUAAAUUUACUUAAUCUAUUAAGUUAUCUAUGCUUAGAACUUUCAACACGAAUGAAUCAUUCAAGUAUAUCUGAUACUUACGAUGGACUACGUACGGCUUUACAUACAGCUAUUAUUGAAGCUACGUAUGAACAAUCAUCCCAGCAACCAUUAAUAAUUAUUCUGGAUGGAAUUGAAAACUUGGAAGAAUGUAAACAACGUAAAGAGAAUUUUCCAAUAUCAUGGAUUCCAUCCCAUUGGAUAAAAUAUAAACCAACAUUAAAUUGUCCAGUAAUAUUUAUUAUAUCAAUGAUAAAUAAUCCAAUAGAAAUAGCAUAUUUUCAUAAAAUUUUUCAAAAUAAAAUUAACCCAUUUAUUUUUACUACUCAUAAUGAUUUAAGUAAUCAAAAUAAUUAUCAUCAAAUUUGUUUAAAUGAAUUGGAUUUUAAUAAUAUGGAUAAAUGUAUUAAAGCAUGGUUAUCAGAAAUUGAAUUCAUGAAAUAUUAUGAACUAGUUAUAUCAAUUAUUCAAAUGACAAAUAGAUUAUAUCAACCAUUACAAUUAAAAAUAAUCAUUCAAUUAUAUAAAUAUAAAAAAGAUAAAUUAAAAACUAUAUUAAAUGAUUUAAAACAGUUUACUAAUUAUGACUUAUUCAGUAGUUUAUUAAAAUAUACAAAAGAAUUUUAUGGUAUAAAACGUGUACAAUUUAUCAUUGGUAAUAUUAUUUUAUCAAGAUGGGGUUUAACUAAUGAAGAUUUAUUAAAUUUAUAUUGGAUUAAAUUACCAUUGAAUGAUAAUUAUCAUCAUUUAAACAAACAGAAACAUAAUCAUUCAUUAUUAAUACAAAAUUGUUUAGAUGAAUUUUUAUAUUGUUUAUCCUUUGUUGAAUAUUCAAUAGAUUCUUCCAAGAAAUUGAAUGAGACUUCUUUAACGAUGAAUGAUUCAUUUAUUCAACAAUUUUUGAAAUCUUUUAAUCAUUAUCCAGAUAUUCAUCUUUUAAUAAGUAUAUUUAUACAAUGGAAAUAUGAAUUAAAACAUAAUCCAUAUUUAUUAAAUAAUAUACUAAUUCAUCAGUUAAAAAUUUUUAAUGAGAAUGAAUAUACUACUUUAUUGAAAGAGGAUAAUGAAUUAGAUAAAAGUAGUAUCAUAGAAAAAUCGAUAAAAUUUCUUCUUGAUAAUCUAGAACAAUAUAAUAUAAAGUAUAAUAUUAAAAUACCUUAUUUAAUUAAUUUUAAUAUACCAUUAUAUUUAUGUACAAAUGAACAAAUCAUUAAUCAAUUAACAUGUAAUACGACGAGUAUUACGUCAUCCUCAUCAUUAUCAUCAUUAUCAUCAUCAUCGUCGUCGUCACCAUCGUCGUCAUCACCGGGUAUUGGAUUAACAUGUUCACGUAAAACGAUUCAAAUCAAUACAAUAGCAUAUUCUAAUACUAAACAAUAUUUAGCAUUAAUUACAUAUGAUUUAAUUGAUUCUAUAACACUAUUAGAAAUAUGGAAUAUAAAUGACAAUUAUAAAUUCAUUGAUUAUAUUAUUAGUUAUAAUACAAUACAAACAAUGAAUGAAUUAAUAUGGAUUGGUAACAAUGAUAAUGGUAUAUUAGGUAUUGAAAUACCAAGUCAAAAAAUAUAUAUAUGGCCAUUAUAUUUAAAUGAUCUUAAUAUAAAAUCAAUAACUAAUCAUAAUUUAGAUCAAUAUUAUUAUUUAUUAAUCGAUAAAGAAUCUAAUGCAUUGGAUACAAUCAAAGAGAAUUGUACUAUACAUAUUAUUGAUAAUGAUCAAAAGAAUAUAAGUUAUAUUAUUAAAUUACAACAAGGUAUAUAUAAAUUAUCAAUAUGGUUAUGGAAGAAUCAAUCAUUGAAACAUUUAAUAGGACCAAUUAAUUUAAUGAAUCAACCACAAAGCAUGAUUUAUGAUUCAAUGGAUACUAAUAAUAAAUUAGAACAAAAAGUAUUACGUUCAAUGAGUUUACCAAAUUCAAUCAAAUCGAAUACAGAAUUAUUAAUCACUGGUUAUUUAUUAAAUCAUAAUGAUAAUAAACAAUUACAUAUUGUAUGUGGUGUUAGAGGAGAUUCACAAGCAACAUUAUUUCAACUUCAUUUAAAUGAACAUAAUAAUGAACAAUUCGAUUUGAAUCAAUCUAUUCAACAGAUCUCUUUAAAAUGUCCAAAUCACUAUGGUACACGUAUAUUAGGUAUUUAUAGUAGAUCAUCGAAACCAAUUAUUAUAGCUAAUAGAUCAUUAUCAUUAUUAUUAUCCAAUGAUCAUAUCAUUGGUUGUAUUGAUUUAUUUGAACAAGAAACAGGGAAUUGGAUUAAACGUAUUGAAUCGACAUCAUUGAAUACAUUUAUCACUAUGGAACCAUAUAUAAGACAUUUUAAUUUAUUAACAUAUACAUCAUUACCAAAAUUAUAUAUGUAUUAUGAAUUAAUCAAUGAUCAAUUGAUUACAAUGGUACAAAAUUAUUCAAAACGUCAAAACUAUCAAAAUUUUCUUCAAUCUUAUAAUACUACUUAUAAUACUACUAAUAAUGAUGAGAAUAUAAGUAGUAUCGAAGUAGUCAUAUGGGAUAUUAAUAAAUCUAUUACACAUAUUAUAAAUUAUAAACAAUUAUUACCAUAUUUUACACAUAAUCAUUAUACAUUUAUUGCACCAUAUAGUAUAUCAAUAAGAAAUUCUAAUGAAAUAAGUUUAGUAAAACCAACCAUUGAAGAAAUUGGUUAUUGUUUAUAUAAUUGUAAUCUAUUGAAUGAAUUUACAACAUUCAAUUAUAAUAAACAAUUAUCAAUGAUAACAAAGAAAAAGAAUGAUCCAUUAAAAAUGAUAAGUUCAAUUUAUAUGAUCCAAGAUCAUGAUUAUGAUUAUAUGAGUUUUUUGAGUUAUGAUUCAUUCAAAAAUGAUCUAUUUAUAGGGAUAAUGUACUUAGCAACAAAUGAUUCUACCAGUGAUUGGUUAAUUGAAUAUUUACAUGUGAAACCUUUCAAUAAAGAUUCAUGGAAUAAUAAAGAUCAAUUUAUAUUUAAUGGACAUAUAUUGAUUACAUUGGAAAAAUUAGAAUAUUCUGUAAUUGUUGAAGAAUGCAAGGAAGUUUAUCAAAGAAUGGGAAUCUAUGAAAUAGAAUAUCAUUCCAUGAAUAAAUUUCAUCUUAAUCAUAUAAGACAUUUAACAGAUGUUUUCAUUAUACCAAAUGAUUUAUCUGAAUAUCAAAUUAUUCAUUCAAAUGAUCCAGAUAGUACUUCAUAUUUACUUGGUUUAAAUGAAACUAGAUCACAUUUUGUUGCUUAUAGUUUAUUAAAUGGACAAGUUAUAUGGAGAUUAAAACCGGAUUUUUCAAUUUAUCCAGAAUAUAAUACUAAUACUAAUAAUAAUAAUAAUAAUAAUAAUAAUAAUAAUAAUAAUCUUAUAUUGAAUACAAAACAUGAAUCAACUAUUCUACAAAGAAGUUCCAAUACUCAUUUAACUAAUCAUAAUACAAUUGAGAAAUUCUUAAUCAGUGGUAAUCAAAGUAUCAUUAUAGUUAGUUAUGGUAUUGAAUGUGUAUGUGUAUUUCUUAUGAAUAAAUUACAACAUGUUGGUUAUUUAAAUGAAAUGUAUGCUAUGAAGAAUGAUCAUCCUUCAGAAGGUAUACAACAACAACAAUCAAGAAGAUUAGAUGGACCAAAUCUAUCAUUAUCAACGAUAUCCUAUGAUGGUUAUUGGUUAGUUCAUUCAGAAUAUAGUUAUGAAGAACAAUGUACAUGUUUAACUGUAUGGUCAUUAAUACAUUUUCAUCAAUAUCAAUCAAUUCCUUAUGAAUAUACUAUACCAUGGAAUCGUAAACGUUUAAUAAAUCAAUCUGAUUUAAUACAAUUAAAUAUAAGUGGUUAUAAUUGUAUUAUUGUUGGUGCAAGACUUCAUUAUGGUAUUCUAUGUUGGUGUCCAUGUAAACAAAUUGAUCCAAUUUAUUUACAAGGUAGUAAACAAUUAAAUUAUUCAUUAGAUAAUCCACCUAUAUUAUAUAUAUCAAUGAAUGGGAAUAAAAUUAUAUCAGCUAGUGGUUAUAUAAAACAUACACAAAUAACAAUAUGGCAAAUGGAUUUAAAUCAUUUAACUGUAUGCCUUAUUGGUCAUAUAUGUUGCUUAGAUAAUAUAUUAGAAUUACAAUUAACUAAACAACAACAUUUACUAUGUAUAUCAGUAAUGAAUUCAAAUAAACCAUUAUUAAUUGAUCCAUAUUGGAAUCAGGAGACUUAA